UCUCCCUCUCUUUCUCUCUAUUCCUGUAAUAAAGGUGGUGACCAUCCCUUUAAGAGCGGCUCCUGUAAUAAAGGUGGUUGACCAUCCCUUUAAGAGCUGUGUGUGCAGUGUGGAUAUAGUGUGAACCUGCCCAGAGAGCUGGAUUGUGGAGCAGCGAGUGUGUCUCUGCCUGGCUCACUCCUCUCACACACACCUUGCCGCAAGCCUGGACAGAGGGACACAGAGACGGCAGCUACCCACUGAGCCUCUCUCCUCCCUGGGCUGUGAGACCAGACCUCAACCCCCUCCCGCUAGCUGAGGACCAGGAGACCCACCUCUAGAGACCCACAGCAGACCUCAGAGCAAUGUGACCACUGACUGAACCAAGCCAGGACCAAACAGGCUGUUAUGGAUCUGAGAAGAAGAAGGAACAGAAGAAACAGCACGCUGUGAAUCCCUGCUGGUCCAGUCACAAUGGUCCCAGUUCUGUUUUUGGUGGCAAUCACGUUAUCAACCAAUGACACUUCCAAUGAAGACCGGACAGGAGAAGACACAAAGUCCCAGAGUUCCCACAUCCUGCCUACCGUGCUGGUCUUCUCCGUGCUGCUUGUCAUCAGCAUUCUGCUGGCCUGGUACUUCCUCAGGAUAAGGAACCAGAGAAAGGAGGUCGUCACAGCAGUCGACAAGAAAAUACCGAAUGGAAUCCUGGAAGAACAAGGUCCGGUCACCUUUAAUAAUGAGUCUUUAUCUUCGUUAUGUCAUUGAUCCGUUAUUUGUAACCAGGGCAGUGGCAUUGAGAUCGACCUCUUUUUCAAGUGAGCCCUGGGUUGAAGAACAAAGUGAAACUGAUUUGCUUAACACAUACGGGCAUCGUUGAGAAGAGACAAUUCGAAAGAGUUUUAAUGUCAAGCUGUAGGCGGAGGAGUCUUCUCUGUUCUUGCAGGAGUCCCCUCGCUGUCAUGUGGUUGUUGUCUGACUUCCUGUGGUUACUGAUGUGAAGGGAGGCAACCAAUAGAUAUUUUUCUAACCUACAUCAACUAAGAAGUCUCAAUCUGCAUCGUGCAGUAGGCCUCGAUGCCUCACUAUGUCCUUACCACGUAAUACACUAUAUUUAAUGAGGCGUUCUCCAUAUGUAUUUCGUCAACACGGUCGGUGUGUUACAUACACAUUUAUUAACAAACAAGCAGCCGUUGUUACAUCCAUUAUUCAUUACAUUAUCACUGUGAUAAUCCUCUAUUAGCUGCAUUGUUACAUCCAUUAUUCAUUACAUUAUCACUGUGAUAAUCCUCUUAGCUGCGUUGUUACAUACAUUAUUCAUUACAUUAUUCAUUACAUUAUCACUGUGAUAAUCCUCUAUUAGCUGCAUUGUUUCAUACAUUAUUCAUUACAUUAUCACUGUGAUAAUCCUCUAUUAGCUGCGUUGUUACAUCUAUUAUUCAUUACAUUAUCACUGUGAUAAUGCUCUAUUAGCUGCGUUGUUACAUACAUUAUUCAUUACAUUAUUAAUUACAUUAUCACUAUGGUAAUGCUCUAUUAGC